AACAAUUUAGAAAAAACAAAGAAAAAAGUGAAAGGAUAUUAGCAAAGAUGCAAUUAAGAUAGAUGAUAGUACUUUGAGUUAGAGAAGCUAGGGAAGCCACUCUCAAACUUGGCGUUGUCAGGCUUUACUCUCAGAUGGGUCAGCCCCAAUUGUCGUCGGAUCACACUCAUCCCUACACAACACCCCUCUCUUUUAUAGGUCCCACACAAAAAAACCUUCUUUUCUUUCACUACCCAAACCCAUUCAAUUCAUUCAUACUCAACUAUCCUCUAAACAAAAACCACACACAUAAACCUUAAAACUCUCUCUUUCUUUCUUUCUUUCACUUCUUCUUAAUAACCCUAAAAAGAAACCAAUCUUCAUUCUUUUAUAAAAUAUUACAUUAAUAUAUUUUUGUAUAAUUUUCAUGGACAAGUCCGAAAGAGAGACUCAUGAUUUCAUGAACGUGGAGUCAUUCUCUCAGCUACCUUUCAUACGUCCAGUAGCCGCCCCACUUAAAGAGAAGGGCGGAAUUAGACUCUUUGGGAAGGAAUUUGGAGGCGGUGGCGGCGGCGGAGGUACUGAUUCCAAAGCCACCACCGCCAUGGAUGGGUCGGAGUCAGCAGAGACUAUAAACUCAUGCGGCGACGACUCAUCCAAAGAUAAUCAUAACAACAAUGAUAACAACAACAACGGGGGAGAGAGUAGCCGCCGUUUCGAGUGCCAUUACUGCUGUCGAAACUUCCCAACAUCUCAAGCCCUUGGAGGCCACCAAAACGCGCACAAGAGAGAAAGACAACACGCCAAGCGAGCUCACCUCCAGUCCGCCAUGGUUCACGGCGGCCUUACUGAUGCUCACGUCUACGGACUAAUCAACUACCGCCUCGGCCACUCAGCAGCCGCUGCUCCGGCUUAUCCUUCUUGGAACGCCAAUUCUACUACAACAACCGUAAAUAGCGGUUCUAGGUAUUAUGGUGGCCACAGCUCGUAUGGUCAGGCUCCGUUGGCGACCCCCAUAAAUGGGAGCCCAUUGGGCUUGUGGAGGAUUCCGGCGGGUGUCCAAAGUGGGCCGACUAUAAGCCGGUCGAUCCAUGGGCCUGUAAUGCCGUUAUUCGCAGGUGAAGAAAUGAAAACGACGUCGUCGUCGGGUUUAGUUGUUGGUGGGUCAAGUAGUAGUGGUCAUGUUAUUGGUUCUCAUCAGAGCCGGUAUGUUAAUUAUCAUGACUCCAAAUCGUCUAGUGUACAAGAGCAUGUGAGUUUGGAUCUUCAUCUGUGAUAAUAAAUAAAUAUUAAUUAAUUAAUUAAUCUUUUUUAGGGGAUGAUAAAUAUUUAAGAUUUCAAUCUAGGCGGAGCUAACGCUUAGCAUAUGAUGAGGCAAUUCUAUAUGUUAUGUUCAUGAUUUUUUCCUUUUUUGUUAGGAGAAAAAAAAAAAAAACUUAUGUUUAGUUCGAUUUAAUAAUUAGUUUGUAAAUGAUCGAAAAAGAAAACUAUUCAUUAUAUUAUGUAUUGUUUUACAUGUUAAUUAACCAAUUUUACAUAGCC